GGGAUUUCACAAAGUAGGUUCCCACUCCGGGUAGUGCUGGAGACCUUCCCCUCACUGCCUGGGGGAGGACCUGGCUCCGGGUAGGGACGGGGGCGGGUGGUGGGGGAUGUACGGGUGUGUAUAUGGAGAGGUGUGCCAGGCUCUGCGCCUUAAAGUUUGGGGGCCAGCGGAGGCGGCGCCGUGGCCGGGAGAAAGUGUCGCUCAUUUAGGAGCGUUUGCAGGUCCAGAUGAAGUCACUGAAGAGUGGAAACGAGGAAGGAAGGAGGAUGAUUAGACCUCAGCUGCGGCCUGCUGGGCUGGAACGAUGCCUCCUGCCGGGGCUGCUGCUGCUCCUGGUGCCCGUCCCCUGGGCCGGGGCUAAGAGGCUACAAGCCCAGCUGGCCUGCCCCGCGGUCUGCCAGCCUACGCGCUGCCGCUGCGCGCUGGGGACCACGCCGGUGUUCGACCUGUGCCGCUGCUGCCGCGUCUGCCCCGCCGCCGAGGGUGAAGUCUGCGGCGGGGCGCGGGGCCGGCCGUGUGCCCCGGGGCUGCAGUGCCUCCAGUCGCUGGACCCCUGGCUGCCCAGCACCUGCGGCUGCCCGACGCUAGGGGCGGCCGUGUGCGGCAGCGACAGACGCACCUACCCCAGCCUGUGCGCGCUCCGGGCGAACAACCGCGCCGCGCGCCGCUGGGGCGAGUUCCUGGCGGUGCCCGUGCAGUGGGGGGACUGCAGGGAUACAGGGACCAGGAGCGCAGGCCCGCUCAGGAGCAAUUACAACUUCAUCGCCCCGGUGGUGGAGACGGUGGCGCCAUCGGUGGUUCACUUGCAGCUGUGGCGCAGGUUACUUCCCGGCAGCAAGCCAGUUCCUGUGUACAGUGGCUCUGGGUUCAUAGUGUCUGAGGACGGGCUCAUUAUUACCAGUGCCCAUGUUGUCAUGAACCAGCAGGGGAUUGAGGUGGAGCUUCAGAGUGGGGCCCACUAUGAAGCCAUUAUCAAGGAUAUUGACCUUAAAUUGGAUCUUGCGGUGAUUAAGAUUGAACCGAAUGCUGACCUUCCUGUACUGUUGCUGGGCAGAUCAUCUGACCUUCGCGCUGGAGAGUUUGUAGUAGCUUUGGGCUGCCCUUUUUCUCUGCAGAAGACAGCUACUGCAGGAAUUGUCAGCACCACCCAGCGAGGAGGCAAAGAACUGGGGAUAGAGAAUUCAGAUAUGGACUACAUCCAGACUGAUGCCAUAGUUAAUCAAGGGAAUUCUGGUGGUCCUCUGGUGAACUUGGAUGGUGAUGUGAUUGGCGUCAAUACAUUGAGGAUGACUGAUGGAAUCUCCUUUGCAGUUCCUUCAGAUCGAGUUAGGGAGUUCUUGGCAGAAUACCAUGAGCGCCAGUUGAAAGGAAAAGCGUUUUCACAGAAGAAAUAUCUGGGUCUGCAAAUGCUGCCCCUCACUAUGCCCCUUAUUCAAGAAAUGAAAAUGCGUGAUCCAGCUUUCCCCAAUGUGAGUUCUGGGGUUUAUGUAUGUAAAGUGAUCGAAGGGACGUCUGCUGAAAGCUCUGGAUUGAGAGGCCACGAUGUAAUUGUCAACAUAAAUAGGAAACCUGUUACUACCACAACCGAUGUUGUUGAAGCUCUUGACAGUGAUUCCCUUUCCAUGGUUGUUCUCCGGGGAAGAAGUAAUUUGUUCCUGACAGUCACACCUGAAAUAAUCAAUUAAAUACCUUGCUUUAAAGUGGGAUUAUAAAAAAAAACAAAAAAACACAAAAAAACAAAAAAAACAGUUAUAUUACCUGGUUUGUAUGAAGAUGUACCAAACAUGAGGUUUCUGGAUCUUUUUCUUAUAAAGAAAAAUGGAUGGUAUCAACCCAAAGGCCCAUCAAUGACAGACUGGAUAAAGAAAAUGUGGUACAUAUACACCAUGGAAUAUUACACAACCAUGAAAAGGAAUAGUACUCUGUAGGAACAUGGAUGGAGCUGGAAGCCAUUAUCCUUAGCAAACUAACACAAGAACAGAAAACCAAAUGCUGCAUGUUCUCACUUAUAAGUGGUAGCCGAACAAUGAGAACACAUAAACAUAGGGAGGAGAACAACACAUACGGGGUCCUGGCAGGGGGUAGGGUGGAGGGAAAGGGAGAGCAUUAGGAAAAAUAGCUAAUGCAUGUUGGGCUUAACAUGCAGGUGAUGGGCUGAUAGGUACAGCAAACCGCCAUGGCACACAUUCACUUAUGUAACAGACCUGCAUAUCCUGCACAUGCACUGCAGAAAUAAAGAAAAAUGGUAAUCUUUUAUGAAAUUACAAUUAAAAAAGGAAAAUGGAGUUUUAAACACAUACAUACAUUCAGGGAUCAUUAGGUUGGGGUAUUAAUACUGUUCCCAAGAUGCCUGACUAUGCCAAGUGAGAGAAGAACAUGGUGCCAGGAAGUCUGGGGGAAAUGGUAACAUUUUAUUAAAGAUAAGAAACAACUAAAAAACAGGCAGUUUCUAAUUUAACCUUGAAAGAAGGACACUGCAGUAU